UCCCUUGUAUCCAGAGUUCCCGAUUGCCAGAAUGAACCAGGUGGAGGUUGAGCAGCUAGUUCAUGUAAACCAACGACGAUAUUUAUUUGAAAAUUUCCAACAAAACAGUUGCUGUAUGACAGUCUACACUAAAGAAUACGGUGCUAAAGAAAAUAAGUUACUCUAUUGUUUAGCGGAGGCGUUCUUACCAUACAGUGAUCUAACAUGGAAGGCAGUAGAUAUGUGACCAUUUUGAUAUUAUGGAAUAUGUUGAUAACUUCUCCAAUAGAUUCAACCCAGGUUCAGAUCUACAUUAAUAGCGAAGGACUCUCGGACAUUGAUCUACCAAGUAAAUUGCAAGUUUCUUUUUCCUUGAACGAACAAUCCAGAACUAAACUGGACUUACGACUUGAGCCACACUAUCAUCUGGACAUACCAGUGUAUACUGUCCACAAAAGAAAGAAUGGAAAUUACGUCACACAAAAAGUGGAUUUAGUCGAAACUAAGAAUGUUGGUAUAUACCGAAAUGUCAGACAUCAAGCAUUAUUUCAAGUAACAAGGUCACAUGAACUCCAGUCAAAUGUAUCAAUUCAAACUGGUCAGUUCCAUAAAGAUGGUCACAUUUACAAGGUCGUGAAAAUGAAUAGAGUGAAGCGAGAGGCUGUGGAUGACGUCAUGCACGCUGUUGAAUCUUACGAUAUAACACCAAUCAUCAACCCGAAACUAGACCAAAUUGACUUAGUCUUAAAAAAUAAACAAAAAGCCCCAAAUAUCUAUGAAGUGCCAACAAAAAAAUCAGAGACCAGAACUCACUCCCAACGAAAACCACACCAGGCAAGACCUAAAAGAAGUCUGACAGUCCCGACCUACUACAUCGAUAUUGCUGCAUUUGUUGACUCUACUGCAUUCCAGAAAUUUCUUCAACACGCUGGAUAUAACAAAACUUUAACUUAUUUACAGAUGCGUGAAUAUUACGCUUUUCUAUUUAGUGGGAUUAACAUGAUUUACCAAGGUCUGGGAUCUGACAAGUUUAAACUUCAAGUUAGUCUUUCAAGACUUGUUGUUUUUGAGAAAGCAUCAGACUUCCGAUUCAUUUUUAUACCGACUUACAGCUACCAAACUUAUUUUAAUGACUUUAGUUUUAGAACUCAGGUCAUUAGUACAAAGGUAGACUCUGAGAAAGUCUUUGAAAAGUUCAACCAGUACUUGACUAUGUCUGCGAGGGAUGUUACGUCCCACAAUGACCAUGCCAUGUUUUUUGUUGGGUCUGAUCUGUGGGUAAACUAUUUGAACCUAAUACACCAGGAUAUACUAGGAUUAGCUCAUAAAAGCUCAUUAUGUGAAACUAACGGGAAAAGCUCUUCACUGAUAGAGGAGAAUGUGGAUUAUACAAAUCUAAUUGUAGCCGCACAUGAACUAGGACACAGUUUGUCUGCUGAACAUGACAGUACCAAUAAUGACUGCACUCAAAAAGAGGAUUAUUUAAUGACUAUGGUCUGGAAUACCGACGACUCCAGUAAGAUGAAACAUCUCUGGCAGUUCUCAAACUGUAGCUUGGCUUAUAUUGAAAGUUUUAUAACAAACUUAAGUCACACCGCCCAUGGACAGAUGUGUUUGGGUAGAUCUAAGAAUGUGGACGGUCAGUUCCCGGAGAUCAGUCAUCGUUUGCUUGGACAAGAGAUUCCACCCUCUAAACAAUGUCAGCUAAGACAUGGACGUUUGUCGUAUGAUUGCAGGAUGACCAACUAUUCUGAUAUUUGUACAGCUCUAUAUUGCUAUGAUCCCAGUGAGUUCCAGUGCAAGUUUAGGCCAGCUCUGGCAGGAACCAGCUGCGGCAGCGGCAAGGUGUGCAAACAAGGUAAAUGUGUGUUUGAACCUUCAGCGCCAAAAGUAAAUGAGAACUGUAUGUUUGGAGAUAGUAGAAUGUCAUCUUACGAAAGCUGCAAUACUUCCAUCACAAAAUUUAAUGGCCAUUGCUACAAUUCUGUAAGGCACAGAAGAUGCUGUCAUUCCUGUGCUGCUGUAGUUAGAAAUAUACCCGGUUGUGAGUACGGUGAUGAGUACAGCUACUGUCACCCAGGAUCUUGUUUUAACACUUUCUAUUUCAAAAAGUGUUGUUACACAUGCAGAAAUCACAGAAAUCUAACUGACAGCACCCAUAAUUCUACUUCCGUUAUGACGACAGCCAAAAGUGAGUGUUUGUAUGACUUGAGUCGCUAUUGUAUGGUCUCGCUCUGUUCUAUGGAGAGCAUUCGCAAGCUGUGUUGUUAUACGUGUAAACACUACACUCCAAGAACUACAGUCUCUGUAGCAAGUUGUCUGUAUGGUGACAUUUCCAAAAGUUGCUGGCCAAGUGAUUGCUCACAUUCCAGAUUGCGUCUUCUGUGUUGUGAUACCUGCAGACAGUAUAACUACCAAACAAGUAGUGUUUUCCUGAACCCAAUCACUACAUCUAGAAUUAGUACUACUACCACUACUACAAGAACUACAACAAUACCUACUACAACUACUACAGGAUCUACUACAAGAUUUAGGACUGAUAUAAAUUGUUGGUAUGGUGACAUAUCUCGACACUGCCAUGUACGUGAUUGUUCCAGCCCAAUAGGGCAACGUCGAUGUUGCGAUACAUGUCGUAGAAGAACUGACUUGAACACCAGUACUACAUCCAGACCUACUACAACUACUGCUACAUCAACUACACGAUCUUCAAGAUCUACUUUUGAUAGAAACUGUCAGUUGCAAAGUCGCCGGCCAGAAAUCUGCAAAUCUCUAAGAUACUGCCAUUCACAUUUGUUGGAGUGCUGUUUUACUUGUAGUUAUGGACAGCAACUCAUGAGUGAACAUUUGGUAUUGGCUGUAUUGCUGGCUGCAGCCUUGACUGAGCUCAAUCUCAUAUCAUGAAAAACAUUGAUCCAAGACAAAUGGAUAAAGUUGAAUAUAAAUUCAUAGAAUUCCAUUGUUUAAUUAUUAUUUAUAAUGUUGAAAGUAACUGUUUGUACAGCUAUUUAAAUCAAUGAUUUCCAUUCAUAUGAAACACUUACUUACUUAUUCCUGUGAACUCCUAUGAGUACAUGUGACACAACCACACCUCUGCACUGAAAUCGGUUCCGAGCAACUUUCUUCGUCUGCUUCCAUGUGUUCCUAGUAUCAAAUUAAACACUUUUUUUGUAUAGCAGUAUAUUUUAAAAUCAGACUUGUACAUAUUUGGAGAACUACGUCAAUCACUGUUAGCCUACUUUGAUGACACCAUAAUGCCGCUAUAUUUAUAAUAAGAUACGUCAUUACAUGUGCGAUGUGCACAAAAUGCUGUCCAAGAGUGCACAGUAAAGUUCCCCUUUCAGACCUUGCGAUCUACAUGGCAGAUAAUGUUUCUGUGGACUACGUUUAACAAGGGUAUGGGCAUAGCGGGGAGGGGGGGGGGGUUGAGAGUUCAACCGAAAUCCCGGCUAUGCCCAUAAAUGAGUGUGUUAUCUGGUCAGCACAACGAACAACGGCCUUUACUUCUCCCCAACUAAUGUUAGGUAGCUAUUAUUUCUGGGUAGACUCAGAGUUGCCCAAAGAUUCCGAAAUGAAAAAAUUCCAGUCUUCACCAGGAUUUGAAACCGGGAGCCCCAGUUCGGAAGCCAAGCGCUUUACCAAGUGCAAACAUUGUUGAAAAUUAAAUGUUUAAAAUAUUA